UCCGCCAGCACCUCCCCAAAACUCUGAUUACAAUCCCUCAAUGUUUACACAUGACGCAAAAGCAUAAAGCCCGCAGAAGGCUGCAGUCAUUUCAUCAGACAGUUUGAAGAUGGAAGGGGAUCAUAUACUGGGAAUUUUGUACUGAAAAGGACACACAGCAUCAGCUCUGCUAGGCAACAGUGCCUUGGAAUAUCGAUAGGCUAUCGCACACAUCAGUUUAAUCAUAUCGCAAAUAACGAACUUUCAGAGAAAUUCUCCGCCGGUUUCAAUCAUUUUUACUAUACAAUUUUAGACACAAUCAUGUUUAUGUUUAUUUGGACAACUGCAUUGCUUUUUAAUGUUCUGUCAAUGUAUACCAGAAUUGCACAUUCUAUUGAAAGUGAUUUUUGCAUUCCUCAUAGGCUGGAUCACCCAAAUUCUGCAAAAUACAAUUUUGUUAGCAGCGAGGAGGAAGCACAAGUAGCGAUUUUUAAAAUUAACGCAUUCAAACAGGAGUUUGUUCUCAGUUUGCAUCCAGAUACCAAUUUCCUUGCUCCUGCCUUCUUUGAUCAAAGCGAUGUUUCAUCCCAAAAUACCGGUGCAAGCUCAGAUCUGAGUCGGUGCUUCUACUCUGGGGUUGUUAAUUCUGACCGGGAUUCAUAUGCAGCCGUGAGUCUGUGCAAAGGUAUUCAAGGCGCUUUUUGGUACAAAGGGUGGGAAUAUUUCAUCAAUCCAGUACAGAAUGACACGGCAUCAGAGCACACUGGGAACGCGGAAAGACCGCACUUUCUUCGCCGGCGAAGCAAUGCGCACGACAGCGGCAAUUCAACUUCUAGGUGUGGAGUGGACUCUGGUUUGAACCAGGACGUUUUGCAGUCUUUGGAAAAAUAUAAGCACAUGCACGGACACUUCAAUGGGAAUGUGACUGAAACGGUGCUAAAAACCUUGGGUCGCUCGAAAAGAUUUGCUUCCAUUCCCAGAUAUGUGGAAGCCCUCAUCGUUGCCGACGAGUCCAUGGAGAAAUUCCACGGGGACGACCUUAAACAUUACCUUUUGACCCUCAUGUCAGUGGCGGCCAAGCUUUACAAGCACCCCAGCAUUCUCAAUUCCAUCAACGUUGUGGUCGUCAAGUUCAUGGUCAUUAGCGAAGCUGACAAAGGACCCAAAGUUUCCGGUAACGCAGCUAUGACUCUGCGAAAUUUCUGCACUUGGCAGAAAAAGUUGAACAAAAAUAAUGACAAGCAUCCCGAGUAUUGGGAUACCGCGAUCCUUUUCACCAAACAGGACCUGUGUGGAGCCUCAACCUGUGACACUCUGGGCAUGGCAGACGUAGGCACCAUGUGUGACUCCAAGAGGAGCUGCUCUGUCAUUGAGGAUGACGGGCUUCCCUCAGCGUUCACCACAGCACACGAACUGGGACACGUCUUCAACAUGCCACAUGACAACGUGAAGGCCUGCGAAGAGGUCUUUGGGAAGAUGAAGGACAACCACAUGAUGUCCCCUACGCUGAUACAAAUCGACCGCACCAACCCCUGGUCCGCCUGCAGUGCGGCCAUCAUCACUGACUUCCUGGACAGCGGCCAUGGAGACUGCCUGCUGGAUCAGCCCCAGAAGCUCCUGGCCCUGCCCGAGGUGCUCCCGGGCACCAGCUACAGCCUGAGCCGUCAGUGUGAGCUGGCGUUCGGUGAGGGGUCCAAGCCCUGUCCUUACAUGCAGUCCUGCACCAAGCUGUGGUGCACCGGCAAGGCCCGGGGCCAGCUGGUGUGCCAGACCCGCCACUUCCCCUGGGCCGACGGCACCAGCUGCGGAGACAACAUGGUGUGCGUCCGGGGGAUCUGCACCAACAAGCAGGAUGCUACCAAGGACAAGGUGGAUGGACGAUGGGGCAAGUGGGGUGCGUUCGGCCCCUGUUCCCGCACCUGUGGUGGGGGCGUGGAGCUGGCCAAGAGGGAGUGUAAUAACCCUGUGCCGGCCAACGGUGGAAAGUACUGCCAGGGAGUGCGUGUCAAGUAUCGCUCGUGCAACCUGAACGCCUGCUCGGAUGCAGGUAAAAGCUUUCGGGAGGAGCAGUGUGAGGCCUUCAAUGGGUUCAGCCUCAACACCAACAGGCUCACCCCAUCCGUGACAUGGGUCCCCAAAUACUCUGGGGUUUCCGCCAAGGACAAGUGCAAGCUCAUCUGCAGAGCCAAUGGAACAGGCUACUUCUACGUCCUCGCUCCAAAGGUGGUGGAUGGGACUCCCUGUUCCCCGGACUCGUCCGCUGUCUGUGUGCAGGGGAAAUGCAUCAAGGCCGGCUGUGACGGAAAGCUGGGCUCCGACAAGAAGUUCAAUAAGUGCGGUGUGUGUGGGGGGGACAACCGAAGCUGCAAGAAAGUCUCAGGGCUCUUCACCAAACCCUUACAUGGCUACAACUUUGUGGUGAUGCUUCCCGUUGGCGCCUCGAACGUGGACAUCCGGCAGCGGGGCUACAAGGGCAUGGUGAGUGACGACAACUACCUGGCGGUGAAGAACAGCCAGGGCAAGUACCUGCUGAACGGAAACUAUGUGGUGUCGGCAGUGGAGAGGGACAUCAUCGUGCGCGGCAGCCUGCUUCGGUACAGCGGCACGACCACCGCCACGGAGACGCUCCAGGCCGCCAGGCCGCUCUUGGAGGCUCUCACCGUGGAGGUGCUCUCCGUGGGAAAGAUGACUCCUCCGCGCAUCCGCUACUCCUUCUACCUGGCCAAAGAGAACAAGGAGGACAAGCUCCUGAAGAAGGAGGGCCGGGCCCACUCUCAGAACAGCGUGCUCGCCGAGGCGGACAAGAUGGAGCUGAAGAAGGCCUCGUACCGGAGGCCGGCGCUGAAGUGGACGGUGGCCAGCUGGGACGAAUGCUCGGUGACCUGCGGGAGCGGGCUGCAGAGGAGGCUGGUGCAGUGCCUGGACCUGGACGGGCAGGCGGCGUCCGACUGCGACGCUGCGCAGAGGCCCAACGCCAUGAGGCCAUGCGGGGACCCCUGUCCCAUGUGGGACGUGGGGGAGUGGUCCCCCUGCUCCAAAACCUGCGGGAAGGGAUUCAAACGACGGGUGCUGCGAUGUGUCACCCAGACAGGCUUGCUCUUGCCUCGGGAUCACUGUAUUGGUAAACGAAAGCCACAGGAACUGGACUUCUGCAAAUUACCUCCUUGUUAAUGAUUCCCCCUCCCAUAAUUUCCAACAGACACUUGCUUUAUUUUUUGUUAAAAUGUAUGCAAAAAACAAAACAACAAAAAAACUGAUUAACGAUCCAGAACCUUGUUUGUUCUGGUGCAUCUGCUUGCAACAUGGGCCACAUGAAAGGAAAAUAUGAAACAGGGUAAGGGUGUAACAGUGCCAGAGGUGUAUGAGCGAGAGGUACAAACUGUGGGCCCAAUUGUUUCAUUCAUAUGGAGUUGGUGUUACACAGAGACGUCUACCUCUGAUCAUAACUGAGCAAUAAAGCACACAAGCUCACACACGCAACACAUAUACACCUGUUACAUGCAAAUGUGCCCUAUAUCUAUUUGUUUAAUGUGUGAAUUUUCUCUACUCUUGACAAAGACCAAAGUAAAGAAUACAACCCAAGUUUAAAAAAUAAGCAAAAAGCAGUUAUUUGGCAAACUGGCCUUUAAAAAAGGUUACAUUGUUAAUAUAUAAAUAUAAAUAUUCAAAUUGUGUCAACAUAGAUUUCUACUGCCACGCCUAUGCAUUUUAUACAUAUAUUGUAGAACAUAGAAAUAUAUUUUUAUAUGCACUAUGUUUUUAUAAUUACAGUAGCAUGAUCAUAAAAUCACAACAGCAAAAGCAGUAAUAACUGAUAUAUUUGGCAGGUUUGACAUAUAUUCAAUUAUUGUGAAAUACAUUCCUUACUGUAUAUUUGAAUAUUGAAUAUUUGAAAUAUUUGAACAUUUACUUUAAUAUCAAAUAUUAAUGUCAAUUUAGUUAAUAAACAGUGUCUUUCAUAUGUUUAAAAAAUCUUUCCACUUAACUGAAAAAUUUAACAGACUGAAAAAACUGUGAAGUUUUAUCUGCAAAUGUUUCUAAAUAUGGAAUUAUUAGGGCUUGGACUAGAUUCAAUGAUAUCUUUUGGGUGGUGACCUAAGACAUGUUUAAUAGUGUAAAUUGCCAUAAACUUUUUGUAUGUCAAAGACAUACUCAAGGAUAUAUAAUAAUAGUAAUAAUAGUAAUGUUAUAUUUGGUACCACCAUUCCAAAUUACGAUGUAUUAUAAAAUGUGAAAAGCUAAUGCUGUUUCAAAUAUUCAUGGCUGGCAUAGACAAGUACAUGUGAAAUUCAUUCAGUUAGUGUGGCACAUUGAACGGACCAGCUAUGAACCCUUACAUACACUCUUUUGAUAAUGCUUUACUGUAACUAUACAUCAUGAGGCCUAGAUAACAUUGUCGAAAGCAUGACAUAACACCUCAUAAUUAUUUAUGAUGACUAAUUAUGACCAAUGUUAUAAGACCGUCAUUACUGUAUAACAUUUAUUUUUAAUGUUUUGUUAAAUUCACUGCAUACAUUAUGGUGGUGUAAAUGGCAUUGGUUGUAAGCUGUAACACACUGUCAAGUCAGGUAAUGGCAUGGGUUAUGUCCUGCUUAUAUCCAUGUUAUGUGGUCUUUAUGGAACAUAGUUCAAGUAAAGUGUUGCCAUUCUUUCUGAGUCAUGAUAGAAUAGUAUAGAAGAAAAAAUUUAGAGAGUCUUAGCCUUGAGAGUCCUGGAAAUCCAGGAAAUUGUUCAGGGUAGAUGAAUACACUCUUCCUUUUGCAUAAGCAAAGAUCAUGGAAUGAUAUAGGACUUGUAUUAGUGUUCAUGUAUCUGUGCUAUCAAAGGUUAAUGAGUCAAACAUCAGGUUUCCAUGCCAUGCUUGCCUUGCACAUCUGAUAAAUAUACUUGACAUGUUUGUUUUAAUGACAAAUUAAGUAUUCACUGUCAAAUCAAUAACACAAUAUUGAUUUACCCAGUGGAAACAGUACUCUUAGCAAAACUCUUAAGCAAUACUGCCUGCAGGCUGGUCUUAAACUAUAACAAGAAACUGAAUUCCUCCUU